GAUUGAGGAGCACGUCCAGAAACAGGUCCACAUCGACCAUCUGUACAAGUCCAUGGAAGAACUGGACGAGAAGAAAGCUGACAAAGAGCUUGUGGAGAUGGAGAUUGAAAUCAAAGCAGACAAGCGUGCCCUGGAGACCAAGGUGAGCCGCAUGCAGUUUGACUCCAUGACAGAGGAGCUCAACACCAUGUUCCAGGAGCUGCUCAGCAAGAUCACCGGCCAGGAGCAGGACUGGCACAAAAUCAUCGACAAAAUCUCCACCGAGAUGGAGUGCAAGCUGGACCGGAUUGAGCUGGAUCCUGUGAAGAAGCAGCUGGAGGACCGCUGGAAGAGCAUCCGUAAGCAGCUGCAGGCCCAGCCUGCCCCGAAGGAGGACGACGCUGCAGGCAUCAGGAAACAACUAGUGGCAAGGUUCCACUGCAUCUCCUGCGACCGCCCAGUCGAUAUGCUUACCCCAGGACCGCACUUGGUCACCCUGCCCUCCACUCCUGGCCUACCCUCCCACAAGUCCAACCGACCGUACACCAUCUAUGAGCUUGAGCAGGUUCGCCAGCACUGCAGAAGCGAGCGCAUCCCUGAGAUGGCGGACUACAGUUACCUGGCCAUGUCCCAGAGCUGUGGAGGCAGCCACACCGUGACCUACCCCAACCGCCGCUACACCCGCCUGCAGCACUUCAGCCACUUCAUCCAGGCUGAGGAGGAGACACCGCCCAUCUCCAGCUCCCCACUGCGCAUUCAGUUGUUAGGUAUGCAAAUUUUGACCUUGUCCUUGUGUCUAUUGGUUGGACAUCCUGGGUUGGACGGACAUAUCUACAAGGGCCGCCUGAAAACCAGAUCGGUCAAGACUGUGGAUGCCAGACUACCCACCAUCUUUCCUAAAGACGCAGGCAUGUGCAAGAGCAAAGACAAGAUCAUGUGCUCCCAGUUCCAGAAGCCUGGCUGCCCAGAGCCGGGCUGUGUGACCCCUGUGCGACCCCAGAGUGCCAAGACCCAGCGCAGCCGCUCAGCCUCAGGCAGCUCUGUGCGGGACCGGCCCAUGUCUUCUUUAGGCUGCCUGUCCCAGGCUACCCUUCCCCAGAGCUCGUCCCAUGCUGACACCACCAGCGAGCUGCUGCAGCAAGAUCUGGAGCUUCACGUGGACCUGAGCCAGUCGGAGGAAGAGCCUGUCAUCAUCCUGUAGGGGGCGAUGGAGAGCCCCACACACCUUAUUUUAAUAAACCGUUUACAGCAGCAGCAGGAGGAUAUCCUGGUCUCCAU